CGACAAAGGAAGUGAAUACAUCAGUUAGCAGUUCGCUCUCAACAGCGGCAGAGUUACAUAAGGUAAAAGCAUUGAAUAAGUGACUGCACCUUUCACGGUUGCCUAAUGGAUUCUCCGAGGCACGAUAAGAAGACCAACCUAAACCGAGAGCAGAAGAACAGCCAGAGGCAGUCAUCCGCUCCUCGUCAGAAAGAUGCCUAUGCUAGGCUUCUCAGUCAGCACAACAGCAGCAAAUUCAGUCAGUAUCUGGAACAAUAUGCAAGGGACACGUUAUUUCAAAGAGAGGGAAAUGGCCCAAGCACACAAGCCCAGAGUGACAGGCUUAAUAUCCCACAGCAAAAGAGGGAUCAAGUGCCCUAUGAUUUCUCUGAUUCAAGUGAUUUUUCCCCUUCAUCAAUGAAAAGUAUAGCAGAUGAGAGUUCGCUGUCUUUGUACAUGGAAAAACUGAACACCCGCAGUGCUCCACAGGACUGUGAGAGAAAGCAAGGCAUGUCUGACAGACAGCACCGGGGACAGAGAAGAGACACCACCACAAGCCAAGAUGGUGAUAUCGAGUCUGGUGAGGAACUCAUCUCUCUAAAACCCAACGACUCAAAAAGACAACAGAAGCAGCAAAAGAAAAAUAAAGGACCCAAGGAGAUGGACUCAUUUGUUGGAUCCCCCCAGUCCCCCAAAGCCAGUACAAGUGGACAAGAGCAAGAGAGGAUGAAGUCGAAGAAAAAAAAUCAGGCGAAGCACCAAGAGGAGGACAAAAGUAAGGAAGGGGUGUCGACACCUGGGUCUGACACUCAGAUGGCAAGGCCGAAGUCCCCUCAUGGCAGGGACAAAACACUGCAGCAGCUCAGAGCUUCCAGUGCCAACUCUCCUGCUGACAAGAAUAGGAGCAAAGGAGGCAGAGGAUCUAAGAAACAAGUGUUUGAGCCCUACAUGACACUUGAGGAGGUGUCCCAUGGCCUUAAAAGAGGAGAGCUCAUUCAGGGUCAAAUAAGAAUCAACCCAAAGAAAUACCAUGAAGCUUUCAUCCCAUCUCCUGAUGAUACCAGGGAUAUAUUUCUGGAUGGGAUUGUAGUUCGAAACAGAGCGUUGAAUGGAGAUAUAGUGGUGGUACAAAUCCUUCCUCGAGAACAGUGGAAGGUUGUGAGGUCGGAUACUGACUGUGAGGGUGCCAGUGAGUCAGAGAGCCAAAGGGAGAAUACAGCGAAGAAGAGGACAGCACAACUCACACCAAGGCCGGGUGCUAAUGCUGAAGAGCAGUGCAGUGACCAAGACGAGUUCAUCAGAAAAGUUCAGAACACUCUCACUGAAACAGGAGAACCUCUAGAAGACCCCUCAACCCCGAGAUCCAAUGGGGAAAUACUCCAAAAGACCGCUAAAGUGGUGUACAUUGUCGAAAAGAAACACUCAAGAGCUGUCACAGGCUUCCUCAAAUUCCUGCCCGAUAAAACCUUUGCCAUGUUCUCCCCUGUCGACCACCGGGUGCCACGGAUCAACAUUCCCCUCACUGACUGUCCGGAAAACUUUCAUUCCCGCCCUGGAGAUUACACCAACACCUUGUUCAUAUGUCGGAUUACAAAUUGGGCAGCCGACAGCAACUUUGCAGAAGGUCGACUCGCCAAGACUUUGGGUCAGGCUGGAGAGAUCGAGCCAGAGACAGAGGGCAUCCUGACAGAGUACGACGUAGAUUCGUCUGAGUUUUCAGAUGAGGUGUUAGACUGCCUGCCCAAGAACCUGCCUUGGACCAUCCCACCUGAGGAGAUGAGGAAGAGAAGGGAUUUGAGGAGAGAGUGCAUCUUCACCAUUGACCCGUCCACUGCCAGAGACCUGGACGAUGCUCUGUCCUGCAGACUACUUCCUGAUGGAAACUUUGAGGUUGGAGUCCACAUUGCUGAUGUUAGUUAUUUUGUGGAGGAGGGAAAUGCUUUGGAUAACAUCGCCAGCCAAAGAGCAACAACUGUUUACCUGGUUCAGAAGGUGAUCCCCAUGCUGCCCAGGCUGCUGUGUGAAGAGCUGUGCAGUCUGAAUCCUCUCACUGACAGACUCACCUUUUCUGUCAUUUGGGAAAUCACCCCAGAGGGAAAGAUCCUAAGUGAAUGGUUUGGCCGCUCAGUUAUCCGCUCCUGUGUGAAAAUGAGUUAUGACCAUGCUCAGAGCAUGAUUGAGGCGCCAGAGAAGCUAUUUACUGCUGAGGAGCUACCUCCUGUGGCCCCUGAACACCCCAUUGAUGAGAUUCAUCAAGCUGUUCUCAACCUACACACCAUUGCCAAGAACCUGCGAGCUCAGCGCUUCUCGGGAGGAGCCCUUAGACUGGAUCAGUUAAAACUGGCGUUCACCUUGGACAAAGAGACCAUGAUGCCCCAAGGAUGCUUCAUUUACCAGUACAAAGACAGCAACAAAUUGGUCGAGGAGUUCAUGCUCUUAGCUAACAUUGCAACAGCCAACCACAUCUACCGCAAGUUCCCCCAGCUUGCCAUGCUCAGAAGACACCCUCCACCCAAAGCAAAGAUGGUGGAUGAGCUGCAGGAGCUCUGUGACCAGCUGGGCAUCGACAUUGAUCUGUCCUCUGCAGGAGCACUGCACAAGAGUCUCAACACUUCUCUCGGUGAUGAUGAGUACACAACUGCCAGAAAAGAAGUCCUCACUCACAUGUGCUCCAGACCAAUGCAGAUGGCAAUAUAUUUCUGUUCUGGUGCACUUCAAGAUGAGCAGUUGUUCAAGCACUACGCCCUGAACGUUCCUCUCUACACUCACUUCACGUCACCCAUCAGACGCUACGCUGACAUCAUCGUUCACCGUCUACUGGCUUCUUCUCUAAAGUGUGGGCCUCAUCUGGGACUGUCAACAGAAGAAGUCCAAAAACAGGCAUCACAUUGUAAUGACAAGAAAACCGUGUCAAAGAGAGUCCAGGAGCUCAGCUCAGAGCUUUUCUUUGGAGUGUUUGUAAAGGAAUGUGGUCCUCUGGACUCUGAAGCUAUGGUGAUGGGGGUGCUGGAUCAGUCCUUUGAUGUGCUGGUUCUACGAUAUGGAGUACAAAAACGCAUCUACUGCAAGUCCAUUACGGGUCUGGACUCGUUUCACCAUCGUAAGGUGGGGAAGAAAUCUGAGCUAACUCUGGUCUGGGCAUCAGAGGACCCAGAGAAACCUCCAGUGGAGCAGGUUAUUUCAAUCUUCACAUUAGUGGAGGUGCAGCUCAAAGCAGAUGAGGCACCAAUGAAGUACAGCGCUGUGCUGAGGAGACCUGAGGAGCACGGAUCCUAAACACUAAAAUGGGCCAUACAGCACAAAACCUUCUAUGAACAUUUAGAUUUGCACUCUCUUUUGUUCAUGGGUGGAAAUUAUGUGUAGUUUAGAGCCAGUAUUACUGUGGUAAACUAGGUAAUCAUCCAUCAGGCUAGAGUUGGAUCUCAAAUAGGAAUCCAUAACACAUUUCCUUUUCGGCUUGAAGCCCUUCAGUGUGUUUUUACAUGUUGGCUCACCCUCUACAAACAGGUCUAUUAAUGCUGCCACUUUUCAGACUUACUGUGUUUGAAGUUUAGAACUUCAUUAGUGAGGGAAUAAUUCUGUGGUGUCAUUAAUUUGUGAUAUAUGUGGAAGUCUGCAAUUAUUGACAUGAACAUUUAACCGUCACUUGCAUAGAGUAUGAAACACAAGGGGACUUUUAUUCCUUCAAAAUAAUAGGAAUAGUGAGAGUAAAAGAGUUAAAAGUCUGCCUUGAUAUGCUUUGGAAGUGGUGAACAGUAUGACCUGUGAUUUGAAGUAGGGGUGUUUUAAUUGUGUAAAAGCUGCUAACUGUAUCUGUGCCCUGUUUGACUCAGUAAGGGUCAUGACUUUUAUCAUAGGGAGUGUACAAGUUAAGUAUGACUCUGGUGUAACAGUAAAAGACAGAAAAGGUAGCAAGCAUGUUUCACUUUGCUUGCAGAUUGCUUUAUUUAGUGAGAGUGAGUGAUAACUGACGUACAAAGUCUAACGUUUGAAAACUGAACAGUUCUGAUUUUACAUCAGUUAGGAUUGUGGGCGUAUGGCUUUGUGCUUUAUAAAGCAACAGGCUGAAGCGCUUCUGUAGCUUAUUUAUGUGGCUUUAUUUAAUGGCUUUCAGUCGUCAUCGUCAUGUAUAAUUUACAGAGAGGGGGUUCAUUAGUAGAAAUACUGCUUAGAUAGCAGGGUAAAAGAGUAUCAGCAUUAAUAGGAUAAAAAAAAAACAACUACGCAUCAGCCAUAACUUUUUAUUAUUGCUGUCUGUAUUUAUAGUUUUAUUCAGGAAGAGUUUCUUAGAUUUCUCUGUGAUGUAAAUGAAGGAGACCCUCACUGUCACAGUGAUGGAGAACAGCACUGGACUUUACAUUCAAUUAAAACUCAUAAAAAAGUGGGUCUGAUAGGAAUAACACAGUAUUACAGACCUAUCUGAGGUACAUUUUCUGUUUUUAAUGUGCUUAUCAAGAAACAUAACAUAAUCAACUCAUUUUUAUUGUUUUUAAUACAAACAUGGGAAUGACUUGAAUGUUAAAUGCUGCUGAAAAUAGCCAGUGGCCUUGGAUCUUAACUGUAUUUUUUUCCUUAUCUUGAAGUGCUUCCAACUGUAAGAUUUUGUUGUUUUGUUUUGUGUAGCUCAGAUUGACUUGUUCAGCACUAAUAAUUCAUGGACCUCAUUAAUGUCAACUGUGAAUUGAGCCUUAAUUCAAUGAAAUUGAGAUAAAACUAAACAUCAGUGCAGCUGCACAUUUAACUUGUUUUUGACCUUUUUUUUGUUUAGAGUCAGUGUGCCUCUGUCAGUUUCUCACUUGUUCAGUUUUACAUUUAACAGUGCCACAAAAAGUCAUACAGAUUGGCUGCUUAAUCUGCAAGAAUAUGUUCUUAUUUUUGGACAUGAACUGGAUUUUUAUUUGACUUGUUUUUAGGUUCUUAGAAGAAGACUAUGUUUGUUUUGGGGUUAUUUUGCUUUAAGAGGAUGGAUGGUUUUCCAUGAGCUUUACAUAAGUUAAGUACUUCUGCAGACAUGUCCUGUUUUUAGAGUGUUGUUCUGCAAUAAGGAUUAAGGAAAUUAAUUAUAAACUAGCAUUUGAAAUAGAAUUUAAUGUAGUAUCUGUUUUUUUUCUUUACAAAGUUAUAUUGUAACAUGUAACUUUGAUUGUGGUCAGUGUUUAAAGAGCAUUUGUUCUCUGCCUCACAACAUACAGGAUAAAAAGAUGUCUGUCUGUGUCUGAAGGAAAUAAAUGUACUUGAAAUCCAGCAGGGGGAAACUCAAUCACACUGUAUUUCCUCUUAUUAUUGGUCAGAUGAUCACCCAUUAACAGC